GAACAUUAAAACAAUUUGGAUUUACUAGGAAACAGCAUCAAACAUGUGAAAACAAAUCCGUAUAACUAGAGCAGGCUCUUUGAUGUAUUUCUCUCAAUCUUAGGCAAGAGAAUGGGAAAUUCACUACAAAAACCCAUCCAAAAUUCUGUGGAACUUCAAGUCCAAGAGGUAGAAGAUGAAGAACAGCAUGACUCAACCUUCACUUGCGAAAUAUGCAUCGAACCCAUGUUGUCCAGCAAGAAAUUCAAGAACAAAAACAAGUGCACACACCCAUUUUGCUUAGAUUGCAUUAUCAAGUUCAUCGACGUGAAAAUCUCCGAAAACGUAGCCAAAAUCAAAUGCCCAGCUUUGAAUUGCGAGCAAUUCUUAGACCCCAUUUCGUGCAGACCCAUUAUCUCCCGGCAACUGUUUGAUAAAUGGUGCGACGUCCUCUGUGAAGAUACUCUUUUGGGGCUCGACCGUUGUUACUGUCCCGAUAGAAAUUGCUCGGCGUUGGUUGUGAAUGAGUGUGGUGGAAUCGUGAAGAGAUCGAAGUGUCCGAAUUGCAAGAGGUUGUUUUGCUUUCAGUGCAAACUUUCUUGGCACGCGGGUUUUGGGUGCCAAGAGAGUGGAGAUUUGAGAGAUAGGGAUGAUACUGCUUUUGGUGUGCUUGUGGAACGUAAGCACUGGAAGAGGUGUCCCCAGUGCCACCAUUUUGUGGAGCUUAUUGAAGGUUGCAGGAUUGUUAAAUGCAGGUUUACCCUCUCUCUCUGCAUAGGACAGUAG